AUGUCGCUCCUUGGAUCCCAUAAGGCCCAGCUGACCAAAGCAGCCAACAUCUUGCGCAAGAAGAUCGCGGAAGUGGAACAGGCCAACCUGGAAAGCGAAAGCCUUACCUUCGAUGCAGGCAAGGAUUACGAUUUCGUCAUCAGUCGUAGAACUUUCCUUUCCGAAUUUAUUUCUUCUAUUAGUUGCACUGCUUCUUAUUUGCGUGCUCAGCGGGAGAAAGCUGAGGAGUUUGCUCGUUCGAGGCCCGACGAGCAAGGAGAGUUCCCCUUCCUCGUUGAGAUCUACGCGCAUUGGGAGGCCAAUGAUAUGGCGGAUCUCUUGGUGGAAGCGGAUAUUCUGCUUGAACGUUUGGACAACAAGAUCAAACUCCUCCCGAACGCGGAUAUGCUGUACGAGCGUCAUCUCUCGUCGAUUGCUUCCACUCAGCUUACUCUUAACCCCGCAUCGUCCCCCUCUUCUUCUGAUACUGCGCAACCCCAAGUGUCCGCUCAACCCGCGCAGGUUCCUCCUUCUCAGGAUCGUCCAUCGGAUCCUUCUUCAGUUGCGCCGGUUGACCACGACCCCCUCGCGAGUGACGCAGGGACCCCUCAGCAGGGAAACCAGCGUCCGCGAGCCCCAUCUGGAUUUGGCAAUCCCUUUUUGACCCUUCCUCCUGCUCAGACGAGCAUGCACCCUUUUGGAUCUUCAACCCUCCUGCCAAAUCCAACUUCUAACCCUCCACUUGCAUCGACGAGCGGUCCAUCUUCGUCCACCUCGUAUAGCUUGCCCUCCUUCGAGAUACCAUACUUCUCCGGUGACAUGGACGCGUUUCACGAGUUCUGGAACAUCUUCGCCGCGUCAGUACAUAAUAACAACAGUGUACCUGUACCCGUCAAGUUCAUGUACUUGAAGACGCACUUGAGAGGAGACGCAGCCAACAUCAUUGCGAACUUUCAACCCACUGAGGAGAAUUACGAAGAUGCAGUGCGUACCAUCAUCAGCACCUACGAUCGGCCAGAACAUCUGCGAUUGCGCCUCUGGGACAAGCUCAACAAGCAAGCGCCCGCAAAGGAUUCUGCGGCUUCACAACGCGCUACACUUGGUUCCAUCAGAGCUAUCUGGUCUCAGAUGAAGCGCCUGAAAGAGGAAUCGUCGAUAGGUGCACUAAAUAUGAUCCGAUCGAAAUUUCCCCGACGUACGCGCGAGAAGGUUGGCGAGAUGAAGAAGAAAGAAGACCAGAUGUGGACGGUUGACGAUUUACUGAAAGCAUUCGACACGGUUAUCGACAGGCUGCAAAUAGUAGAGGACGCCGAUCCCACUCCUUACGUCAUCUAUAAUUCCGAUUCUACCGUCCGCCAAACCUCCUCCCCGCCGCGCAGGUACUCUAGGGAAAGGCCGCAGCAGACUAGGCCUUCGCAGUGCCAACCAUCGACUUGUCCCACCUGCUCGCGUCCUUUGUGUUCGCCGUCGGAGUAUCGCACGGCUAGAAGUAGAUCACCAACACCAUACUACCCGCGACGCUCAUCUCGUAGUCCAGCACGACCGCAACGUCGCGCUUACCAGGAUUACUGCUGUGCUUUUUGUCAAGUUGAAGGACAUCGAGCGGAAGACUGUUUCGAAGUUCCCUAUCCUACACAGCGGAGAACCAUUGUUAAGCAAGAAGCACCUCCGUGCGCAUUCUGCGGCAGAUCUCACCACCCAGCAUUGUGCUUCAACAGACCGCGAGCGUCCAAUACGUUUACUCCAACGACAAGUUUCCAUCGUCGAUCCAUUUCACCCAAGCGCGUGCAGUUCGACAUUGAAGCUCAGACCUCUACGGAUCGUGCGCUGCAGAGAUCACGCUCUUCUUCACCACGUGCUAGUGUCCGUCUACCGCUCCGGAACAACAAGCGUAUCACGACUUUGACCUUUGGAGGACAUCAGUUCACGGAAGACUCGUCGGAAGUCACGCUUACGCUGUGGGAUAAGUACGAUCGCCCAGUAGACCUUCAGCUUUGGACGCGCGACGUGAUUACGACGGUUCCACGUAUCGACAACAUCGACGAUGUCACCCAGGGCUACUCGGACGAACGAGUCGAAGUGGAUGUGCUUAUCGGCAUAGACAACUACUGGAGAGUCGUAGACUUGAACAGGAAUGAAAGACUUCCAUCAGGAUUGAUACUAUCUCACACGCUAUUCGGACCAGUUCUUUCUGGAUCAGUCCAUCCUGCCGUAAAUAACACCAUUUCGGCCAUGACAGCACUCAAUGAUGACGCGCCAGGGACAGAACAGCUUGUACGAAGUCUUCUUGGCUUAGUUACAAUUGGACUUGAAGAAGACGAAACUUCUACAGACGCCAGCACCAUCAGGCACUUUUACGACACAGUUAGAGUCAUUGACGUACUACACCAACUUGGUAGGACGUCUAGCCAACUGGAUCCUUCUGUUUGUCGUCUGCCUCAACAACAUCCUGGCGAUGGUCCUCGUUAG